AUGAUACAACAAACGCGCCCCUGCAAAGUCAUCAUAGCCGGCGGCGGCAUCGCCGGGCUUGGUCUUGCCGUGAUGCUUGAGAAGCACGGCGUUGAAUACACGCUGCUCGAAGCAUACCCGGAGAUCGUGGCACCGGCCGGCGCGGGGAUCUGCAUGUUGCCGCAUGGACUGCGGAUUUUGGAUCAGCUGGGCUGCUAUGAGGCGCUUGUUAGCAAGGUGCAGGAUGUCAUGGAGAUUAUGAGUUAUCGCGAUCAGAGCGGGGAGGAGCUUGUUACGCUCGAUGGGUUUACGGUGAAGAAUGUUGAGAGACAUGGGUAUUCGACGCUGUGGGUUGGACGGAGGGAGCUGCUGCAGGUGAUGUACGACUGCAUCCGCGACAAGUCGAAGCUCUUGACGAAGAAGCGGGUGGAGAGCGUUCGCCAACUCGACAAGGGCAUCGAGGUAACCACCGCCGAUGGCUCCGUCUACCGCGGCGACAUCCUCGUCGGAACAGACGGAGUCCACUCGCAGGUCAGAAUGGAGAUGGUCAGACAUGCAACCGAGCAGGGCAUCGCAGAGGAUUACGCCGAAGAGGACAGUAUAAAUCCCGGCCAAGUACGAGUGCUUAUUCGGGGCGUCGACUGCAGUCCGGGGAUCCCACGAGGGUAUCUGGCGUUUGGGGUAAACGAGGGGUUUUCGAAUGUCAUUGGCACCGGGCCCAAGGGCAGAGUGUAUUGGUUCGUGACGAGGAAGAUGGACAAGACGUACUUUGGGUCGGAUAUACCCAAGUUCACCAAGGGGGACGAGGAGCGGUUUGUGCGGGAGCACUGGGACGAUCAGAUUACUGCGGAUGUACAGUUCUCGGAUUUAUACAAGGCCAAGCAGGAUGUGAUCCACACGCCGCUGCGGGAAUUUGUAUAUCGCAAGUGGCACCUGAACCGGAUGAUCGUCCUUGGAGAUGCAAGUCACAAGAUGACGCCCGUCCUCGGUCAAGGCGGCAACCAGGCCCUGGAAACGGUUGCUGCACUGACCAAUAGCCUAAUGGCCGCAUUGAAGCGUCCCAACUCCAACAGACUGUCCGUGUCGGAGAUAGAUGCGAUGUUUACAGAGGUGCAAAACCUGCGGGCGCCGCGGGCGGCCAAGAUGAUGGUGGAAUCGCACGAGCAACAAUGUAUGCAUGCACUGGAGACCCCGGAACUAAGGGAGGUGAUGCUGCACCAGUUUCCCCAGAUGGCCGCGGAUCUUGUUCCCACUUUCUGGGAUGCGACGAUAGCCCCGGCGGUUUCGAUCAAGACGCUGCCGGUGCCAAAGAGGGGGAGAAUGGUGCCGUUUGAGGAUGAGAUUCGGGCAAAGCUGUAG